UGUCUCCUCAACACUUUCCUACUUUAAUCAUUAUUACAUUUUUAGGACUGAACACUAGCUAUUCUCUACUUUUUUAUCAUUCAUCAAGACUGGACAAAGGAAUGCACUCUGUAACAUUCAUGUUUGCCUCUUGCAUCUGGAUUUUACUACUGCUGUGCACACUGCUGAAAGCAGCUCCCGUGCCCGAAUCUUCCGGAGAAGCUGAAGUCAUAAUUGGAGAUCCUGACUUUCAGAAGUUUCUUUCUGACAACUUGGAACUAUCAGACAAAAUGUACAAAUUAGCUGCAGCGGAGCAGAACGUUACUUGUCCUUUCUGUAAAGAUGAACAGCUUGUGCUCUUCAAGGAACAGCUAAAUAUCUCAUUCCCUCACUUGGAAGAAUGCCUGAGUAGAACUUUCCAGCUGUUUCCUUGUCUUGAUAAGGUUGACAUUGGCUUGAAAUUUUAUCAUGUUUUGCUAGCAAAUGCAACUGCUAGUGCAUCAAAGACAGCUGAAAUAGUAACGGAUAUUAGCAACUUAAGUGCCAACAUCAGACAACAGAUGACACUGUUGGGAAUUACCAUGGUGAUGUACCCUAACACAGACCUGUCAACCCUAACCCUGUCACCUACUGAAGAUAUGUCGAUUGUAAAGUACAUCAUCCUGUCCAACUUUCGAGCAUUCUUGGAGACUGUUAUGAGAGCUCUGCAGUCAAAACAGUGCGUUCAAUGUUAGCACCUAACUGGAACAACUUGAAGGCUUGAGGAAUUAUCAAGUAGAAUGCAAAACAAAAACAAUCUUUGAUUUCUGCAACAGACAAAACAAAUGUUAGAUAAGAACACUUCCAAAUAUUACCUGCCCUUAGUCAUAUAGCUGCAAACAGAGCUCUAAUCUGAAAGACCAAGACAGUAUUCCUAUUACAUAGGAAUAUUAUUUCAUUGUGGCAUUUUAAUGGGGUUUUGCUGCUUGAUUUUGUUUACAUUAUCUAUAAUCGGAAAUCCUUUUUUUUUGUGUAACUUUUGCCUUGGUAGUUCUCAUGUAUCGCCAUACUGAAAUUGUGUGUCUUUCAAAUUAUGGUUCUGUUUCAUGUUAAUGGUGACUCAAGUAUGAUAAGACCAUUAGGAGGAAACAGUGAUUGAAAUGAACCAUCCUUCCCUUGGACAUGGGCAUAUCAAAAGUCACAACACCUGCUUAUUCACAUCUAGACCUUCUCUUUAUAUCCUCCAAAGUGUGUCCAAGGGAAAGGAAAUCAAGUACUGUUUUAUUUAUUAACUAAUUUAUUUAAUAUUUAUUAGGUUAUUUAUUAGUGUUUUGUUAUUAGGAAAUUGCACUGGAAUAAAAAUAUGUUUUUAUGUCUAAUCACAGAAUUUUUGAAAAUUAUCAGAUGACAUUACAUGCUUGGCCGAGUGCUAUAUGUAGGCCAAAAGAUUACUGGCAUGAAAUGUUUCAGGGUUGUGAACCACUGUAUUACAUUUCUGAAAGUAUUUUAUGUCAGUAAUCACUUCAAAAUUUGACUUUCUUUCUAAUAUCUUAAAGGUUUUAGUACGGUUUUGAUGUAUGGAUUUGUAACAUUUUUGUCCUGGAUGGACUAGACAGCUAGAAUUUUGCAACAGCUGUUGCAGGAAUGUAGUGGAGUGAAAAACAUAAGUGGAAGAUGAAUAUUCAAAACAUAAAAUAAUAGACAAUGAUAAUGAUAAUAAUAAAAAAAACAUG